AUGGAGUGGAUUGGAGUUGUUUCUGGAGUUUUUGAUACUGAAUCUACUCCUGAUGAAGAUGCUGUGAACAUUGUUGAAAGAGAGGCCGCCAGUCGGACCCGACUCCGCACAGAGCGAGGCUGCAGAGCCCGGCCCCAGGAGCAGAGGAGGCCGGCGAGGCCUGUGCCCCAGUGGCGCCUGCUCCCGGCGUCGCCAUGGGAAACCACGGCUUUAGCUCGGGCCGGACCGCCGCCUGGGAGGGAGACUCGGACGCUCACCGCGGCGCGGCGCGACGCGACGCGACGCGACGCUCCUCUGUCGCCUCGGGUGGCGCUCGGCUUGCUCGGCCCGCUCGGCCCCUCUCGGCUCCCGUCCCGUCUCCCAUCCAGCGUCGGGCCCCGUCCUGCCCGCGCCCUCGGCCGGGAGCCCGCGGGAUGGGCGCCGCAGCCGGGCGGGAGGUUUAAACCCUGGCUCCGCCCAAUGUCUCUCUCAGUUCACAACAGAACGAAGGCCGGCGCCCAUUCUAGGUUUCCCUUCUCCAAAUACUCUUUACAAAACGAGGAACACCGAACCUGUCAGAACGUCGAUCUGAGGACCGGCGGGGCGAGUGGGAAGCUGCCCGCUCCGCUCCUUCCAUCUGGUCUCUCCCUGCGUGUGCCCGUCCUCGCGCAUCCGCGGGCUCGGAAGCCUGGAGCCCGGAUCUCCACGGGUCUCGGCCUUCUCAGAAUCAGCCUUUCCAAGUCCCGAAUGAGUGUUUAUUUCAUCAAUGAAUGAAUUGAAACAAAGAUGGCUGACAACUGAAGGAUUGAGUAUAAAAUACCUAAAAAGAACCGACCAUCUUUCUCUUCAAGUAAUAAAAGAGUCUAAUAUAGUAAGUAAAAUAGCUUUCAAAAUGUUCCUUUGUCCCAUGGUAAAUUUCUUGGGAUAUUUUAGGCAAUGCUGUUCCAGUAGGUUGCAACUUAAUUCAACAGGAUAACAAGGUAUCUUCUUCGGUUCUGUAUAAAACAAAGAAAGGUACUAUAAGAACAUAUCAGAAAAGUCAUAAUAGUAGCUGUGAGCCAGGCUUGUUGGUUUUAUUCACUUAAUUGAGGGAAAUUACAGAAAGAUACACCGUGGUUUCAAUCUACCAUAAAAUGUAGCAUUUAAACAUAAUACCACUUUUUUUUUUACAUAUAAUAUCAACACAGAUCUCUAAGAAAAGUGUCCAAGUGGUAACACAAUGUAGGAACAAUGUUCACUGAUGAACAGUGAAGAGCUCCUGAUGUUGCUCCUGGGCAGGAGUCAGAUCUUACUUGUGUUUGUAGAAAGAAUGAUCUCCCUUUAGCCGGUAGAUUGCUAGAGAUGUUUAAAUGGCUUGUAUUAGUCUCGUAGCAAAUAAAUGAGGAUAUACAGUAGUUAAAUUUUAGUAU